AUGGAUGAGGACGAAAAUAUUCGCAUUCAGAUGGAUUUUUUGGAAGUUUGUAGUUUCGGUGAUUUAGAACAAGCAAAGGCAAUGUUGAAGAAUGGGAAAAUCGAUAGAAGUUUUCAGCAUUAUGGCAACGGAUGGACCGCUCUUCAUUGGGCAACACGACGCAAUCAUCAGGAGAUUAUUGAACUCCUGCUUCAAACUGGUUUUGAUCCAAAAUCGCGUGCAAAAGAUGGAAAAACGCCUUUGGAUUUAGUAACUAGCAAGGCUGCGAAAGAAAUUCUUAUGCAGUUUGUAAAUGUUGAAGCAAAUCAAGAAAAUGCUCCGGUCAAUUAUGAAGUAUGCUGUUACGAAAAGCUUGAUUCCUUGCAUCAUACUCGUUUUCUUCUAGUUCGAACAAGCAAUGCGAAUGGAAAAGAAUGUUUCAAACGUAUUGCCUUUCCUGAAUGUGGCUCCAUUGAUGUUCUGAAGUUGACAAUUGAAAGAGCCAUGAAAAAAGGAAAAGUUUUAGAAGUAAUUACAUUGCCAGACAAGGUGAAAAUAAAGACAGAAGAGCAGAUUAAAGAUUUGGCAGAUCAUCAAAAAGUAGAAAUUAUCUUCAACUCAGUUGUGAUGAAUAAGGAAACGAAUUGCGCACAGAAAUUAUUACCGGAUGAGGUCAAAAUUACGAGCUCAAAGUGUGACUCAACGUUUGAGGAGAAAUUCGCCAAUAUGAUUAAUGAACAUUCAAAUGAACUCACAUCUUAUGACAGAUCCACUGAUAAUAUCAUAUCACUUAAUGACACUGUUAACUGUAGCAAUGUUGAUGAUUCCUUCAGCAUUAUGAAAAGCUCAGAUUCAAUCUCUAAAGAGCAACCGAAAUUGUCUGAAGUAGCAGUGACAUCCGAAUACUCGUUAACUGCUCAGUCCUCAAGUUCUAUCACUGAUAUUGUAAUUCCAUGUAAAAUAUUAACCAAAGAAAUGAUUAAGCUGGAGGUAGUAGUUAGCUCACAGCAGAAUAAUGACGAAAUCGAUUCGGGGAAAUCUGUACAGAUGCUAAAAUCGGAAACAAAGGAAAAUUAUAAGUCAGCAGAAUCCGAUAGCGAGAUAGGAACGGAGCCUAUAAUAUUGCCGCUUUUACCACAGAUCGACGUAAAUGACAGAAUUUUUUGCUGUAUUACAGAAUCGAAUUACUUUGCUGCUAUUCGAGAAGAAUGGGAUGGAGUUAAGAGCAAGGACGUUCCACACAAAAGAAAGCUUCAAAUAGCGUUGCUUAUCGGUUGUGUCGUUGGUUUUGGUGGUUUAACAUAUAUGAUUUGCAAGAAAUGA